CCACAAAAAUAAAACAAAACUUAGCAAAACCUAUCGUUUUUCAUGCUAUAUAUUCAAGAAAAUUUUCAUCUAUAGAGACACAAAUUCAGAGGGUUAAUGGAUGCCAUUAGAGCGUCUGCGGUCGGGGGAGGUCCACGAACCUCCACAUCGGACGCUACUCCAUGCCUAUCCUAUGGACCAACCACUUCUCUCUCCUCUGCCACGGAUUUUUCCCCAUUUCUCUCUCCUCCUCUCACAAAACCUUCGAGCGUCUCAUACGGACAGUCCAUGACAACGGACGUUGGCUUCUCUCUCCCGCAACCUCUCACCUCAACGUCGGCCGCCUAUCCUCCAUCCCCUUUCCACGUCUGCGUCCAUAGGGGUCAGCGGGCCCCUAUUACAGACGUUGUUAGAGAAGGAGAAGAUGAAGAUAGAAGCAUAACUUUAAAGGAGUUGUCUCAGAAACUACAAGAUUUUGCAGAGGCUAGGGACUGGGAAAAGUAUCAUACACCAAGAAAUCUACUCCUUGCCAUGGUGGGUGAGGUGGGGGAGUUAUCAGAGAUAUUUCAAUGGAAGGGAGAAGUGGAAAGAGGAUUGGAAGAUUGGGAAGAAUCAGAGAAAGAGCAUUUGGGGGAAGAACUAUCAGAUGUAUUGUUAUACCUGAUUAGAUUGGCUGAUGUAUGUGGCAUUGAUCUUGCUCAAGCCUCUCUAAACAAAAUCCUCAAGAAUGCUAUCAAAUAUCCUCUUCCACCCCUUGAUCAUUCCUAAUUAUUAUGCAGCAGCUAAGCAAGGAACAAUCAUCAACCUCGUACUAAAUCAAAUCGAUGAACAAUCGACUGCUUUUUGUUUUUAUUCAUCAGUAUGCUCCCUUUGGUUUUCAUGUUUUUUCCAAACUAAACUUUGGUAAGUUUGAUGGUGGAUUUGUGGAAUAUGUGGCCAUUGUAGUUUCGUUUGGAACGCUCUAGAUAAUAUUUUCGAAUUGUGGUGUAUGAUCACUAUCUUAUUAUAGUUUUUCAAUGGUAAUCUUUAACUAUUAAUCGAA